CGCACGCAUGCCAGGAUCCUCACACUGUACCUGAACACUUCACUCCACGCAGCGACCACCCACGCUGGGAUCCAGUUAGCGCGCGCGCGCGAGCGAAAGAGAGAGGCAGGACACAGCUUCUUAUCUCUUAAUAGACUUCUCAUUUUGCUCACACCAGCAUUAUUAUUACAUACUCAUUCAAUCCCAAUAAGACCAUGAACCUGCUCGUUUCUGGUUGCUAAGGAGGUGAAAUCGAGCGCGAGGAGUUGACGCGGCGGCACUUUGUUACUAAGAUACAGAAAGAGACGGAGAGACUUAACAUGGCUCAGACCUCACAGGAUCAGGGAGCAGUAGGAAUAAUUGACCCAGAUGAGGAUUCUCCAAACAUGAUUGUCUACAGAAAGAUUGAGGACAUCAUCACACACCUCCAAGAUGAAACAGAAGGUGUACCUGUCAGAACGGUGAAGAGCUUCCUGUCAAAGAUUCCCAGCGUAGUCACAGGUUCAGAUAUUGUUCAGUGGAUGAUGAAAAACCUCAACAUAGAUGACCCGGCGGAGGCUAUUCAUAUUGGCAGCCUGAUCGCUGCCCAAGGCUACAUAUUUCCAAUCUCUGACCAUGUUCUGACCCUCAAGGAUGAUGGGACAUUUUACCGCUUUCAGGCUCCAUAUUUUUGGCCCUCUAAUUGCUGGGAGCCGGAGAACACAGACUAUGCCAUCUAUCUGUGCAAGCGGACCAUGCAGAACAAAACCCGUUUGGAGCUGGCAGACUAUGAAGCUGAGAAUCUAGCGCGCCUUCAGAGGGCUUUUGCCAGAAAGUGGGAGUUCAUCUUCAUGCAGGCUGAAGCACAGGUCAAGAUCGACAGGAAAAAGGACAAGACGGAGAGAAAGAUUCUGGAUAGCCAAGAAAGAGCCUUCUGGGAUGUUCACCGGCCUGUGCCAGGAUGUGUCAACACAACAGAGAUGGACAUCAGAAAGUGUCGCCGCCUAAAGAAUCCCCAAAGAGUUAAAAAGUCAGUGUAUGGUGUAGUGGAUGAUACACAGACACAGAGUCCUGUACACACACCCUUACAACAGAACAACAAAGACACCAGAGAAGAUGUAGAGAAAGAGAUCUUGUUCUUGAACACUCAGUUGGAUCGACACUGUAUGAAAAUGUCCAAAGUAGCUGAGACAUUGAUGAGUUACACAGAGCAGUAUCUUGACUACGACCCUUUUGUAACAACACCAGACCCAUCCAACCCCUGGGUCGGCGAUGACGUCACUUUUUGGGAGACAGAGGCCAGUAAGGAACCGAGUCAACAGCGAGUAAAGAAGUGGGGCUUCUCACUGGAUGAGGUUUUAAAGGACCCCGUGGGCCGUGAGCAGUUCCUUAAAUUCUUGGAGUCUGAAUUCAGCUCUGAAAACCUCCUGUUCUGGUUGGCCGUGCAGGAUCUGAAGUGCCGCCCCCUGCAGGAAGUGCCAGCUCGUGCCCAAGAGAUCUGGCAGGAGUUUCUUGCAGAAGGAGCUCCCAACGCAAUCAAUCUGGACUCGCACAGCUACGAACGCACCAGUCAGAAUUUAAAAGACUCCGGACGUUAUAGCUUUGAAGAUGCCCAGGACCACAUUUACAAGCUGAUGAAGAGUGACAGCUACCCUCGAUUCCUGCGCUCCAAUGCUUACCAGGAUCUUCUAUUGGCUAGAAAGAAGCUUGAGACUGAACAAGGCCGCCGUACAUCAUUGGAGAAAUUCACUCGCAGUGUGGGCAAAUCUCUGACAGGUAAACGACUGACUGGCCUCAUGCAGUCAUCCUGACAAGUCUUUAUUUUCGAGAUGUCCAGCCCCGUCCUGAGAAACUGGAGUAUGUUGGGGUUGAAGCAUUGUGCCCAUGAUGGGCAACAUGUAUGGACCAGCCUUUCUCUAAGACCCACCCAAACAUCGCACAGCUACCGACUCUAGAUGGCAGCAUGCAAUAAAAAUCUCCAAACCGCGACAGUGUUGACUGCAAAGAGAAAUGUCAGACUUCCCAGUACCAUCUAGAGCACCAUUAUAAGUUUAUUUGAUACUUAUAGCCACAGAGAAGCAAGGACGGGACUGAUCGCUCACCGCUGGAUGUCCAGCAUCAAUUCAACCUCUUCAUUUUCAUUGUACCCAUGGGAAUCGAUAAGGUAUGCAGUAAUUGAUGUAAAGUACAUCAUAAGCAUUUGGAUGAAGAGAGGAUGUUUCUCAAAUCUUCAGAGCAUUCCAAAGGAGUGGGGAAAGUGAAAAGGGCUUUCAACGUCUGUUUCCUCAGUUAAUGUCUUUUCAUACUCUCUCUCUCUCUCUCUCUCUCUCUCUCUCUCUCUCUCUCUCUCUCUCUCCAUCAUGUACUUGCUGAUUAUGGAGUAUGGACGUGAUGAUGAGGUUCAACACAGGGCAGUGUUAUUUUAAUGCUCCUGCCAUUUUGGAGAAAGUACUCUGUUGAUGGAGAAGAUUUAUUCUGUCUUUGUUUUACUCACCUAUAUAGCACAUGAUGUAGUAAUAUAUGUCUAGCAGGAGACUAGUACCUUUUAGACUCAGUUUUAUUGAGGAAUAAAGAAUUAGCUAUGAGAUAACAGAGAUAUAACCAGGACGGUAGGAAAUUAUAUUUAAAAAUGAUUUAUUUAGAGCACAAAGUAUUACUUUUGCACAAAGACCGCACCAGUGAGAUAUACUGGGUACCAGAGUCGGACAGCUUUACAGCACAAUCUUGACUAAACAAACAACAACCUAAAAUGAUACAUUUUGUUUAAGGACUUUUACAGUUAUUCAUGAUGUUUUAAAAUAAUUUUAUAGCAAUUGCACAACUUCAAAUCGGCUUAAUAUUUUUAAGCUGAGUUUAAUCAGAAAUCAAAUUCUCAAAAAGUUUUUUAUAUAUAAUUGAUUUUUUCUUUCUAGUUUUCAAGAUUUUUUCAUGAUUUUUGCCCUGGAAAUCAAAAUUUUUAAAAUGCCCUGAUAUUUUCAGGUUUACCAUGACCUUGGGAACCUGACAUCUGUGUACAUCUAAGUCCAACAGAGUUGCGUGUUAACUACAGCGUGUUUGUCUUGUUUGCCUGUUUAAUGAAUGGUUAUGUAAAUUCAUCUUAGAAUGUAAGCUCUUAAUGUUGCUUGAUGUCAGUGUUAGUGAUGCUCUGGGCACAGAUAUAUGAUUAUCAUACCAUAACAACAUAUCGACAGUGGACAACAGUACCACAGGAUUCUUAUCAAAGUAAGACUUGUGACGCACAUAUACACAAAAAAAGGGGGCUCAUUUAUAAAUUGCUGCGUAGGAACGGAUUCAUAGAACGAACGUACUACUUUACGUAGAGAAAAUGCGCUUGUGUCUCACUGUCAGAUGUGAAUCUGUAAAUCGCAAAAUUAAAUAAAGUUUCAAAUUUCCGCCUUUAACAAUGACCAAAUAAUGACAUUGACAUAUAAAACAGCACCUGACAAUGUUACAAUUAUUUUCGAGCAGCAAAAAUGGCUUAUAUUUCCAAAAGUGCUUACGUCUGCUCAGACCCUGACUCUAAGCACGUCAUAGACCGACAGUGUUGCCAGAUUGGAAAUGUCCAAGGAUCGUACCAGAAACUAAAAAUGAUGGAAUUUGGAAGGAAAUUUUCAUACACACGUCAAAUGUGCAGAUUUGCAGAAUACAGCUAUUUAUCUAACCCCAAAACUUUUGACAGCCUACAAAUUACACCAGUAAGGUGUACCUUAGUGGGAGGAUCCAAACAACUGACGGGAAACUGACCUACAGUGAGCGCCACGGCGGGAACAUUAGAGUCGAAAUCAAACUGUCAUUUGUUUUGGAAUAUUUUGGUGCUUUUUUUACAAAUGACUUAUCUGUGCAUUUCAUUAUUUAAAAAAAAUGUAUGUGGCCUUAUAAUCUUUAAUCAAAAACGCAAAUCUCCUCCCCUCCUCAAAAGAACUCUCUUUACUUCCGGUCAUCUGGUAUGGCAGGUGGGCGGGGAUCCAAUCAGUAGAGGGUAUGCACGGGCUGUCACCUGACUGCGGUUAUGCCCACUGAGUGGCAAAAAGUGUGAGCGACAGCAUUAGCAUAGUGUGAAAAAGGCAUCUAAAAUUGGAAAAGUAGUUGUGUGAUUGACCAUGCUAACAGAUUCAACAAACAUUUGGAGCUGUCUUUUCCAGACUGCAAAAACACUCAAAGGAAAAACACUCAAAGGAGAAGUAAAAAAUUAAUUUAUUUCUUUUAAGACAUACAGGGGCGGUUUCCCGUACAGGGUUUAGAUUAAUUCAGGAAUAGGCCUUAGUUAUGUUAGGAAAUUUAAGAAGUUUUUACAAACAAACCUUACAAAAAACUAUACUAAUGUGCAUCUUGAGACAAAACAAUGGCACUGAUAUAUGUUAAAAUAUGUCAGUACAAGAUGUUUUGAAAUUAAAGUAGCUCAAACAUGCAUUUUAGUCUGGGACUAGGAUACGCCCUGUCCAGGAAACCGCCCCACAAUCAUUGUAGUUUCAUUCUUACCUUGAAAUGUACCGGUUGCUUUUCUGAAAUUGAACCCGAAAUAUUAAACCUUGAUGACAUAUGCGGUCGACCAACGCGACUUCCGGAGAAUGCACCCGAAAACAUGUUCGGGAUGUGUCCGGCGUAACUGGCACAAAAUUAGUCAGGUAUGUAAAAUUUUAAAUAAAAAUCCAAUAAAAAAAUACACCAAUGAAUACUCUUAUUCUGUAUAAUUGCAAAGUUUUGUCAAUGAGCCUUCAUUAAAGCUCUACUGUGUACUUUAUUGAGUUAAUUCUUAACAAAAACCCAUGUUUUCUUUCAAAAGUAUGUGCUCAUUCAUGUGUAAUUACUUCCCACCCACUAAUGAAAGUAUUCUCGUAAGUGUAGAAUCUGCUAUUUAAAAUGCAUACCGUCGAAGCGCUCUCUGGCUGAAUCCAUGUUGUGCCUCCAUCUUUGAAAUACAUUCGCCGACGAGGGACAUUCCUGAAAUUCAAGCUCCGCCUUUCGCGCUUUCACUCUACACUCAUGCUGGCCGAUAGCUGAAGCCUCCGGAGGUUGCAUGUGUAGGCGGUAUACGUCAUCAAGACAGUCUUAUUUCAGAAUAUUAACAAUUAUAAAGCUGACAGUUAUUUUUAGUUAAUUGUAAAUUGAUGUAAUAUGCGUAUGACUUGCGAAUGUAAUGCUCAGUUGAUUUAAAUAAACCAGGCUUGAUGACGUAUCGUAUCCAGCCUGUGACCUGCGUAGCUGAAUCCUUCGGAUUUUACAACAACCGCACACCGUGAUGAACCUGCGAUCUAAUGCUUUGAUUUGAAAGCCUGUUGAAGACAUAUUCUCGAGGACAUUAAAACAAAUCGCCAAGGAAGCGAAACGGGGAUUUUAAACGACAACGCGACAGGAAAAACAUCAAGACCAAAGUCACUAUUGGAGUUAGUUUUCCAAGAGGGGGCUCAAGGGACACUGAAGUUGCACUUUCUAUCUUCUCCACAGGUAAUUCAGCAUAUUCGUUUACAUCUAUACAGUCCAUGUUGUAAACUUGAAGUUUUAUAGUUCCUUGGCUAACUUUAGCAUGAUUAUGCAUAACACUUGUUAGUGUAAACAUGCAUGUGGUUUAAUGUGUCCGAACAGACACACGCCGUCUCUCCGCCCAUUUAUGUAAUCUGAGGUACUGAGAUAAAUGUUUUUCAUCUUUUCUGACCUCUAGCACAAACACACGGUGACAGCGCUAUUUUUAGCCUUUCAUUGAUAAAA